GGAAAGUAAGAGAAGGAACAAGGGCUGCCUCUGUAACCAAACAGGAAGGAGCAAUUUUAGCCCUUAUUCGGAUUAGGGUUAACUCUUCACCUCUCAGAUUUCUUUAGGCGCCAAACUCUGCGAAUUCAGCUUCUCUCUCCAGAUUACUCAAACGGGACUUUUAUCCUCUUAAAGACAGUUAGUCGAAGAUUUCAUAUGUACACUCGUAGAAGUAUAACCUAUUCUUUGUAACACUAUUUCGUGGGAGAGGAAUGGGUACCCAGAUUACUUCAGCUAAUGAUCGUUCAAGGACAUAUUGGACUCCAACAAUGGAACGCUAUUUUAUUGAUCUUAUGUUAGAGCAGAUGCAUAGAGGAAACAGGAUUGGCCAUACCUUCAACAAGCAGGCUUGGACCGACAUGCUCACAGUAUUCAAUGCCAAAUUUGGUUCUCAAUAUGACAAAGAUGUCUUAAAAAGUCGUUAUACAAAUUUGUGGAAGCAAUUUAAUGAUGUGAGGAAUCUCCUUAGUCAGAGUGGGUUUUCUUGGGAUGAAGCUCGACAAAUGGUGAUAGCUGAUGAAUAUAUCUGGAAUGCAUACAUAAAGGCACAUCCUGAUGCGCGUGCCUACAAGACAAAACAAGUGCUAAAUUUUGAUGAUUUAUGUCUAAUAUAUGGACAUACUGCUGCAGAUGGGAGAUAUAGUCGAUCAAGUCAUGAUUUAGACUUUGAGGACGAAACCCAAGGAGUAAAUAUGGUUUUAGGUGAUGGAGCUGUUACUCCUGCUUUCUCAAGUAACGAGCGUCCGAGGACUGACUGGACCACUGCUAUGGACCAAUAUUUCAUUGAGCUUAUGCUGCACCAAAUAGGAAGAGGCAAUAAGACUGGUAAUACUUUCAACAAACAGGCUUGGACAGAUAUGCUUUCUCUGUUCAAUGCAAAAUUUGGUCCUCAACAUGGGAAAAGGGUUUUAAGACAUCGACACAAGAAAUUGUGGAAAUACUAUAGUGAUAUGAUGGUUAUUCUGAAACAAGAUGGCUUUUCUUGGGAUGAAAAGCAACAAAUGAUUGCAGCAGAUGAUGGUGUUUGGGAUGCUUAUAUCAAGGCACAUCCAAACUCACGGACAUAUAGAAUGAAAACCUUGCCAAGCUACAACGACUUGGUCCUAAUAUAUGCGGGUGAUGAAGGAGCUUCAGGUUGUUUAUCUCAAGACAAAGAACCCCAAGAUGAGAUUUCAGGGGUAAAAGCUGGUGAAAGAAGGAUAAGCCAAAUUCCUUCUGGUGGUGAUCGUACGCGGACAUAUUGGACUCCACCAAUGGAUCGUUAUCUUGUCGACUUGCUACUAGAUCAGGUGCAUAGAGGAAAUAAACUUGGACAAACCUUCAUAGCCCAGGCUUGGGUUGACAUGGUCAUAUUAUUUAACACAAAAUUUGGAUCAAAUCAUGACAAAGAUGUUCUAAAGAAUCGCUACAAACAUUUGAGGAGGCAGUACAAUGAUAUAAAGUUUCUUCUUGAGCAAAGUGGGUUUUCAUGGAAUGAAGCAAGAGAUAUGGUAACAGCUGAAGAUAGUGUUUGGGAUGCUUAUAUCAAGGAACGUCCUGAUGCUCGCUCAUAUAGAGUUAAAACUGUUCCAAGCUAUCACAAAUUGGGUAUCAUAUUUGGAGAAGAUAUAUAUGAUGGAAGAUACACGCACCUGGCCCUAAAUCUGGAAGUCAAUGAUGAAACACCUGUGCUAAUGACAGGUACGGAGAAAAAUGACCACCUAAACUCUAGCAUAAAUCCUCCAAGAAUUGAAUGGACAUUACCAAUGGACCGUUAUCUUAUUGAUCUUAUGCUACAGCAUACACACAGAGGUAGUAAAAUAAGUCAGACAUUCACUGAGCAAGCAUGGGCUGACAUGGUUGUAUCUUUCAAUGAAAAGUUCACAGUGCAGUCUGACAUAUAUAUUUUAGAAAAUCGGUAUAUUUGCUUGAUGAAAGAGCAUGAUGACAUCAACAAUCUUCUCAGUCAUGUUGGGUUCUUCUGGGAUGAAAGCAAGCAAAUGGUUACAGCGGAAGAGGUUGUCUGGGAAGCUUAUAUUAAGGAGCAUCCAGAUUUUAUCUUAUACAGAGAUAAGUUCUUAGGCAAUUACAAUGAUUUGUCUAAGAUAUUUGCAAGUGAAGUACCAGAUGGGAGAGUCAAUUAUGAAGCUGUGGGGAUGGAGAUGGAGAAGAAAGAUGAGCUCGAAGCAAUGGACAUUGAUGGAGUAUCAGGGGACUUGGCAUGCCAAGCUGCACAUAUUGAAUUAUGUGAGCAACGUAGGAAAAGACCUGCUUUGACUCCAUCAAGUUCUGAACCUUUGAAUAAAGCUUCAAAAACUGGUCAAAUGCAAAAGUCUCUUUCUGAAAUGGCAGGUGCUGUCACAACUUGGGUAAAUAAGAAAGAGAACAAGAACUAUGUAACAAUUGAAAGUGCAGUUGGUGCUCUACAAGCUAUACCAGACAUUGACGAUGAACUUCUGUUGGAUGCUUGUGAUCUAUUGGAAGAUGAAAGAAAAGCAAAGACAUUUUUGGCAUUGGAUGUCACCCUAAGGAAGAAAUGGUUACUUAGAAAGCUUCGUCUAUAGUAUUUGCAGCAGUUUAUGCAGUUUUCGAGUUUUAGAAGAUUGACCACAAGAAGCACGAAUGAGAAUAGAUGUUCUCGGCAGUUUUGCAGGAGAUUUUUAAAGACGAUGUUUAACAGUAACAUCUCCAGAUUAAUUUUGAUCAAUAUAACUUGUAUUUUCUCAAAUUGGAUAAAUAUUGCCAUGAUGGAUUUGCUAAGGCACAUAGAUGAUACUAAUGAGUGUCAUUUAUAUGGUGGUCUUUUUUUUUUCCUUUUUUUUUUCUUUUUUAACUUUUGGUAAAUGGAUUCUUGCAUUGCAUUAUCCAUCACUAUUUUGUUUAAAUUAAGGCAUGUAGAUUUACAUUUUAUCUAAUAUUCU